GGAGGAGUCAACGCAUCCUGCCUCAGUGAGUGAUCACCAGCAUGACCACCUCUCCAACAGAGUCUGUGAUGAUGAGCAAAGGGACCGAUGGCAGCCAGGCAGGGCUCACGCUAGUGCCUGGCAAAGCUGGAAGUCCAGUGUUGCUGUGCAAGGUGUGUGGAGACAGCAGCAGCGGGAAGCACUAUGGCAUCUAUGCCUGCAAUGGUUGUAGCGGUUUCUUCAAGCGUAGCGUCCGCCGGAAGCUCAUCUACAGGUGUCAGGCAGGAACAGGGAUGUGUCCUGUGGACAAAGCACACAGGAACCAGUGUCAAGCCUGCCGACUAAAGAAAUGCCUGCAGUCUGGAAUGAACAAAGAUGCUGUCCAGAACGAACGCCAGCCACGCAACACUGCCCAGAUACGACUCGAGGCCAUUGACCUGGAUGCUGAGCAGCAGACCAAGCACCUGGCCACGACACGGGAUGCACCCCCACCAGCCUGCUCCUCUCUGCAGACACACCAGGCCCCCACUUCCUGCUCCGUGACUGGCCCUUUAAGGCCCCAAAGCCAGACUCCCCCGAGCAACCACCGCUUCAUGGCCAGUCUGAUGACCGCUGAAACCUGUGCCAAGCUGGAACCGGAAGAUGCUGAUGAGAAUGUUGACGUAACAAGUAAUGAACCCGAGAGGCCAGUAGGAGAGGCCCAGGUGUCUCCGUACCCAUCCACCAGCCCCGAGAACCUCUACGAGACAUCUGCCCGCCUCCUCUUCAUGGCUGUCAAAUGGGCAAAGAACCUACCUGUCUUUUCCAAUUUGCCCUUCCGAGACCAGGUAAUUUUACUGGAGGAAGCCUGGAGUGAGCUGUUCCUCCUCUGUGCCAUCCAGUGGUCUUUGCCUCUGGAAAGCUGCCCGCUCCUCUCUGUGUCAGAAAUGACCCCCAACCUCAAUGGAAAGCUGGCAUCCACUGGGAUAGAUGUCCGUGCCCUCCAGGAGAUCAUUGCUCGCUUCAGAACCCUGGCUGUGGAUCCCACCGAGUUUGCUUGCAUGAAGGCGAUAGUGCUGUUUAAGCCAGAAACACGAGGCCUGAAGGAUCCAGAGCAAGUGGAGAAUUUGCAGGAUCAGUCCCAAGUGAUGCUGGGACAACAUAACCAGAUACAUUAUCCCAGCCAGCCUCUCAGGUUUGGAAAGCUGCUGCUGCUCUUGCCUUCGUUGAAGUGCAUUUCCUCAGAGAGGAUCGAACUCCUCUUUUUUCGCAGAACCAUCGGGAACACGCCCAUGGAAAAGCUGCUCUGUGAUAUGUUCAAAAACUGAUAGGCUCCUCAGAGGAGGAAGUGAGGCCCUAUGCAAACAUUUCUACUCAAACCCUGGGUCUGAGAAGGCAAGGAGUAGGAAGAGGUUCUUGUCACUCUCCUGUUGGCCUUUGGUUUGUGGUAGGAUCCUUCACGUUAUAACUGCAACGCGGGUAUAUGGCGAGGAAAGUAAGUGGGAUCUCAACAUGUAGAAGUUGCUAAUGUUCUAAAAAGAGAGUUACUUGAAGUCCAAAGUUCAAGAUCCCUCCCUCCCAGUCUCAAAUUGAGGGGAGGACUGGCUGCAUAAGGGGAAAUGCACUUUGUACAUGCUCAGGGAGACUGUCCAUAUUCCAGGGCUGAGUCCUGACCCUCAAAACAGAUGCCGGGACUCAGAUUUGCGCUCUUAUAACCAUCACCCAAGCUUCUACAAAGCUAUGCAUGUUAAUGGGGGACGCAGAGAGGAAUUUCCUUCGAGAUAAUCAUGUACACUAGGAUGCAGGAGGAUUUUGCACUGUCUUUCUAGAAAAAAAGAACACCGUGGAAGUGUGUAAAACCUUCACCUUGAUCAGACAAAUGCAGCCAAAGUGCCUCCUGCUAAAAGACAUCAAACCUCUGCCAGCCUCUUAAGAUGAGCCCUGCGCUUGUGAUAGGAAUGAGCACAGGGCCUAGUUUUGGCUCCCAGAAAAUACUCAUUUGCGCCACUUUCCAAGCGAUGCAAGUUGUCAUGAAAUGACUUUUUUGGGCUCCUCAACCUGGAAAAAGGAGAGAUCGGCAAGAUACAGGUGGAAGAAUCCUUUCUUAGCUCAGUUUCCAGACUUAUGAAUGGGGACUUUUUGCUGGCUGUGGACUUUGUAUAUAUAUCAAUAAACUGGCAGAUUGUCUUUCCCCUCUUAAUCUCACCCUUUCCUGCAGUUCUGCCACACACAUCUCCAUCUCCAGUGGAAAGAAAAGUUUAAUCCUUGCUUGUUUCAUCCUUAUGCAGAGAGUUCUGGGCAUCAGUUCUAGAUUAGUGGAUAAUGAUUGUCUGGGCCCAGGCACCUCCUUGCGGUUGCUGUCCAACCUCAAAUCAGCACGAGAGCCCGCACAACUACUACUAAGAAUACUUGCAUACUGUUCACAAAAGUUCUCGAAGCAGUUUGCACAGAAAUACAAAUGAAUAGGAUAACCUUAUUUAGCCAAACACUUUAAUUUUAAUCCCUCUAA